AUCGUAUCUCUAUCCUUACGUUAUUUUAUUCUGAGUUGAACACGGUCGUGCUUUAUAGUGAUUUGCCAAAGCCAAACUGUGUCAUUUUACCAUGUCCUUUUUCUUUUGUAUGUAAGGCAGAGUAUACUCAGAGAAUUAACGAUUUCUGAUGGAAUCUGCGAUGUCGUCGGUGUCCGCUCAUGAUGUUUGUGUAACUUGUGUCAUACCUUGGCCGAUGUCGGAUGAUUCCUUUGUGUCUGGUUCUAAAGACGGGCAUCUGAAAGUAUGGGAUCGAGAUCCAGACGGUUCAUACAAGGAAAAUCCGCAUUAUCGUGUUGAAUGUCCUGAACAAGUAUUGUCUUUGUCUUGGCUGCCAGGCGGUAAAUGCUUUCCAUUUGGUUUGAUUAUAGCUGGUUCCAGUUCUGGAAACAUUUAUAGAGUUGACCUGCGAUGUCCUUAUAGGCUCUUUCAAUUAACGGGUCACAGCGCUCCUGUGAGGUGCUUGGCCCCUGGAGGGUCUUUGGGUGGUUUUAUUAGCGGUUCAAUGGACAUGAGUGCCAAGAUUUGGCUAAGUGAACACUGCCUUUUUACUUUACGUGGUCAUAAAGAUGAAGUUUCAGCUGUAGCACUUCUCAGAAAGGAUUUUGUUCUUACUGGUUCUGCUGACUGUACUAUACGUUUAUGGAAUUCAGACAAAUGUGAAAAUAUUUUUGAAGGUCACAGAUCUACAGUAACUGCUUUAUUACCCAAUUCUGAAGGAGACUUUUUGUCCUGUAGCUAUGAUGGAACUGUUCGAAUAUGGAGUUUAACAGGAGAAUGCUUAACUGUUUAUGAUUCACAUUCUUUAAUAUGUGAUAUUGUUUUCCUUCAGAACAAAGAAGAUAUUGCAGUACUUUGUAAUGAGAAAAUUGAUAUUAUUCGUAAAUUUGUCCUUUUUCAAAGGAUCACUACUCUAUAUCAUCCUCUUUCAUUUGCCUGCUCUGGACGUGGAACUAUUUCUGUUGGGAAUUGUGAUGGAGGUCUUCAUUUUUAUCGAAUUCCUGAAGAGACCAACAUUUUGCAUUUCUCAAAUUUAGUUGAGGAAAAUGAAGAGGAGAAAGGAAUUCACUCUCACAGCAACAACUGUCCUAUUUCAUCUCGCAAAGAGAGUGAAAGAAUUGUGGAACUAGUGCCCAGCAUGAAAGAAGUUUUCAAGAAAACAAUUGCUAUUGUUGGUGCUGGAAUUGCAGGUUUAUCGUGUGCUUCUCGAUUGAAAGAACUUGGCUUCUUAAAUGUGAAAGUCUUUGAAGGAACGGAUCGUCUUGGUGGUAGAAUUCUGACUCAAAAGUGUGGACCUGAUUAUGUUGAUUUAGGAGCUCAGUGGAUUCAUGGAGAAAGGAAAAAUUCUGUUUAUGAGUUUGCUUUAAAAGAAGAUCUAAUUUUAAAAGAAGCGCCUGAUUAUAUGAAUCAUCUUUAUAGUUUCAUAAAUUUGCAAAAUGAAUCACAAUAUGUGAUGGUGAGACAACUGCUUUUAUUUCUCGAAGAAAAAUUAGACAAAAUUGAUGAACAGUCUUAUUAUGAUGCUUCAAUUUUUAGUUAUCUUCACUUCCAUUUCACAGUAUGGACAUCGUUAAAUUUUCAUGAUGAGUCUACGGAAUUCUUAAAACCAGUUUUUAAUUGGUUUGUGAACUUUAUUUGUGAGCGUGAAGGAUGUCGAAAUUUAUCAGAUGUAUCAAGAAGUCUUUAUAAACGCUAUAAAGAAUGUGAUGGGAGACAAACUGUUGAAGUAAAAAAUGGUUGCUAUAGCAUAAUCAAAUCUAUUUUGAAAAAUAUACCAGAAGAAUGGGUUAUUCCUAAUCAUACAGUUGAAGCAAUUGAUUAUGUAGACUUUAUCCCUUAUGAUGCUAAGCAUGAAACUCCUGAAGUGCUUUAUGAUUGUCUGCACUCUGCUCUAAAAGCUAAAAUUAAAUUUAAAGAAGGAGAAACUGUAGUUUGUGAUCAUCUCAUACUGACUGUUUCUGUUGGCUGCUUGAAAGCAAAAAAAAUAGCAUUCAAUCCAGAGUUAGAGAACAGUAAACAAGCUAUCAUUGAUAGUAUUGGAUUUGAUGUCGUUAAUAAGAUUUGUUUAGAAUUUGAAGCUCCUUUUUGGAAUGAUUUAAGCAUUUUCAAUGUGUUAUGGGAAGAAGCUUAUGAAGAAAUUAUUGAAAAAUCUAAGCCCAAGGAAUGGAAAUGGAAAAUUUGCUGGCCAAAGUAUAUUAAUAGGUUUGCUUACUCCAUUGGUAAUACCAAAAUGUUAACUGCAUGGAUAGUGGGAGAAGGAGCUGAGUAUACUGAAGAAUUAAAUAAUGAAGAAAUAAUAUUUGGAUGCAUGAAGUUACUUGAACUCAUUUUACAUAGAGACAUACCAACCCCUUGUCAAAUGUGGAGAUCAACUUGGAAAACCAACCCAUAUUUUUGUGGAUCCUAUUCAUACUUGACCAUUGCAAAUGAAGAUCAAAAAGCAUUCAAUUCUGAUCUUGCUAAACCUAUUCUCUCUAAUCAUGUGUUCUGUCAACAGCACCCUGUCAUACAGUUCGCUGGUGAAGCAACGCACAGUAGCUUUUUCUCCACAAUGCAUGGUGCUUAUGAAACUGGUAUUCGUGAAGCAGACAGGCUCGUUGAUCACUAUAUGAAAGGUUGUGAUCUACUAUUGAAGUCCAACAAAGCAUUACAAAAUAUUAACAUCAAAAUGCCGAGAAAUUAUUUAAAAGUUGUUGUUAUUGGGGCAGGAUUAGCUGGCUUAACUUGUGGUUUACAUUUACUUCAGAAAGAUUUUGCUGAUGUUCUGAUUUUAGAAGCUCAGAAUGUUGUUGGUGGUAGGGUAUCCACUAUGAAUUAUGGUAAUUCUGUUCUGGAAUUAGGGGCUUCAUGGCUUCAUGGCUCCAGCAACCUUUUGUACAAAUUUUCACAUGACAAUAAUCUUUUAUGCAAUCCUUCUGAUUUUCCAUCACAUGAAGGAGAAGGUGUGUUUUGUACUUCAAAUGGAGACAUUGUUGAUGCAACAAUUGUUGAAGAAAUCAAAGAAAUUUUAAAUAAUAUAAAGAACGAAUUAGGUAUUAAUAAUCUUAACAGCAAAGAUUUGAAAUCUGUGAUGGACGUUUUCUCAUCUUACUUCAGUUCUUACAUAUCUAACUGUAAUCACUGCUCAAAUUCUGAUGUUAAAUGGGCACUAUUUCAUUGGUUUAUUAAGUUUGAGACCAUAGACAAUGGCUGUGACAGUUUAAAUGAGGUUGCUAUUCAAAGUUAUACAGAUUGGCAGGAUUGUUGUGAAGAGAUGUAUCAUAUCAAUUACAAAACUGGUUUUCAAUCAGUGAUAGACAGCUUAUGUGCUCAAAUACCAAGCAAUUGCAUAAAAGUUAAUAUGCCAGUAAACACUGUGAAAUGGAAUGACAAAUUCAUUUUCAGAGAAAAAAAAUUUUUUGAAACAGAAAUUGACAGAGAAUUUCCAAUUUUACUUCAGUGUGAAGAUGGUGAAUGUAUUUCUGCCGACAGCGUUAUUAUCACUGCCUCAAUUGGUUUUUUGAAAGACAAUAUGGAUAAAUUCUUUAAUCCAGUUUUACCGCUGAAAAAACUUCAAUCAAUACAAAGACUUGGCUAUGGAACGAUAAACAAAAUUUAUCUUGUUUUUGCUGAACCUUUCUGGAAUGAUGAUAGUUGUGGUUUCCAGCUCAUCUGGCUGGAUAGUAUGCAUAAUGAUUGUAGAAAGCUCUUGAAUGAGAAUCCAUGGAUUAAUGGAAUCACUGGUUUUGAUGUUGUACGAAAUCAACCCAAUGUUUUACUUGGUUGGAUUGGUGGUAUGGAGGCAAAACAAAUUGAAAACAUUGAUGAUAUAACUGUGAAAGAAGUUUGCACUAAAAUUUUAAGAAUAUUUCUCAAUAAAAAAGAUAUUCCAUUCCCAAAAGUAAUUUUCAGGACUUACUGGUACACAAAUCCCUACAUAAGAGGAGCUUAUAGUUUUCGGAGCAAAGAGUUCUCUCAGUUUGGUCAUUCAACAGAAGAUUUUUCUCCCUUGUGCUGUACUUAUGUUAGUGAAAAAGAAAAUGAAAUUGAGUGGCCUAUUAUGAUUUUCUCUGGGGAAGCCUUUGACCAAAGUGCAUUUUCAUCAGCUCAUGGUGCCUUUCAGUCUGGUUUAAAAGCUUUUCAGUUUUUAGAUGAUGCAUGCUCUAAAAUUGAGAGAGAUUUGGUGCAGACUUGUUGCAACAGAUGAAGGAAAAAGUUUCAUAUGUUUUACUUUGAAAUUAAGCUUUAUUAAAAAGGUUCUAACUUUUUUUCUCCAUUCUUCAUGCUUUACAUCUUUCUUACUGUAAGAAUCAAGUUCUUUUAAACAUGUACCUGCUUAUGAAUAUAUUUUGUAAAAAGUCUGGGGAGUCACAUGACAAUGUGGUUUGACUGUAUUUCUGAAGAUUAAGAAAAUAAGUAAUCUGUAUCAUCAAAUUAUUUUUCGGUAAUAAACUUACUACAUACUUUUUGACGUUUUAUAGACAUUGACACACAUGAAAACUGCUUUACAGUGCAUUGCAGAAGUUUAAGCACAAUGCAAAUAUUUGAAUAAAAUAGAAAACUAUUCAACUGAAUGCUUUCAAACUUCUACUGUAGGAGGCUAGUAUAGAUCAUAAAUAUGCAUCUGAA